CGGCGCGGAGCGAGGGGCUCACGUACGGCCCAGCACUGGGAUUUCUCGGCUCGCGAGGAGAGCGGAGCAGGCGCGCGGCCCGGGCGGGGGAGCGCGGACUCUGGAGCAGCCGGAGCUGGAGGAGGAGGAGGAGGAGAGGCGGCGGGGACGCAGGAGGCGGGGGAGAGCCGCUCCCGCCCGGCGAGCAUGGGGCGCCUGGCGCCGAGGCCGCUGCUGCUGGCGCUCCUGGGGCUGGCUCUGUGUCGAGGGCGUGUGGUGAGAGUCCCCUCGGGGAGCCUGGUGCGGGUGGUGGGCACCGAGCUGGUCAUCCCCUGCAACGUGAGUGACUAUGACGGCCCCAGCGAGCAGAACUUCGACUGGAGCUUCUCGUCUUCGGGCAGCAGCUUCGUGGAGCUGGCCAGCACCUGGGAGGCGGGCUUCCCGGCCCAGCCGUACCGGGAGCGCCUGCAGAGGGGUGAGAUCCUGCUGCGGCGGACCGCCAACGAUGGCGUGGAGCUCCACAUCAAGAAUGUCCAGCCCUCGGACCAGGGCCACUACAAGUGUUCCACCCCCAGCACCGACGCCACCGUCCAGGGCAACUAUGAGGAUAUAGUGCAGGUUAAAGUGUUGGCCGAUGCCCUGCAGGUGGGUGCCGUUGCGCCGCCCGAGCCGGGCCUGAGCCUGCGCCUGGGCGAGCCGUUCGAGCUGCGCUGCUCGGCCUCCACGGCGUCGCCGCUGCACACGCACCUGGCGCUGCUGUGGGAGCUGCAGCGGGGCACGGCCCGGCGGAGCGUGCUGGCCCUGACCCACGAGGGCCGCUUCCGCCCGGGGCCCGGCUACGAGCAGCGCUACCGCGUGGGAGACGUGCGCCUGGACACCGUGGGCGCCGACGGCUACCGCCUGUCCGUGGCCCGCGCCCUGGCCGCCGACCAGGGCUCCUACAGGUGCGUGGUCAGCGAGUGGAUCGGAGAGCAGGGCAGCUGGCAGGAGAUUCAGGAGAAAGCCGUGGACGUGGCCACCGUGCUGAUCCAGCCGACAGUUCUUCGAGUGGCUGUGGCCAGGAAUGUGUCUGUGGCUGAAGGAAAGGGGUUGGACCUGACCUGCAACAUCACAACCGACCGAGCAGACGACGUCCGACCCGAGGUGACAUGGUACUUCAGCAGGACGCCUGAUGGUGCUUGGCCUGGCGCCCCCGUGCUGGCACGGCUGGACCGGGAUUCCCUGGUGCACAGCUCUCCUCACGUGGCCCUGAGUCACGUGGAUGCACGCUCCUACCAUUUACUGGUUCGAGACGUUAGCAAGGAAAACUCCGGCUACUAUUUCUGCCACGUGGCGCUCUGGGCACCCGGACACAACAGGAGCUGGCACAAGGUGGCAGAGGCCAGGUCUGCCCCAGCCAGUGUGGAUGUGACCUGGCUAGAACCAGACUAUCAGGUGUACCUGAAUGCUUCUAAGGUCCCCGAGUUUUCAGACGACCUCACGGAGCUGGAGUGCCGCAUAGUGGACAUGAAGAGCUUGCAGGCCAGCGUCCGUUUCACGGUGUCCUGGUACUACAGGGUGAACCGGCGCAGCGAUGACCUGGUGGCCAGCGAGCUGCUUGCAGUCAUGAACGGGGACUGGACGCUGAAGUACGGAGACCGGAGCAAGCAGCGGGCCCAGGACGGAGACUUCAUUUUUUCUAAGGAGCGUACGGACACGUUCAGUUUCCGAAUCCAAAGGACCACAGAGGAAGACCGAGGCAGUUAUUACUGUGCUGUGUCCGCAUGGACCAAACAGCGUAACGACAGCUGGGUCAAGAGCAAGGACGUCUUCUCCAAACCCGUCAACAUAUUUUGGGCAUCGGAAGAUUCCGUGCUUGUGGUGAAGGCAAGGCAGCCAAAGCCUUUCUUUGCUGCAGGAAAUACAUUUGAGAUGACGUGCAAAGUGUCUUCCAAGAAUAUUAAGUCGCCGCGCUACUCUGUUCUCAUCACCGCUGAGAAGCCUGUUGGGGACCUCUCCAGCCCCAAUGAAACCAAGUACAUCAUCUCCCUGGACCAGGAUUCCGUGGUGAAGCUGGAGAACUGGACAGACGCAUCGCGGGUGGAUGGCGUUGUGCUAGAGAAGGUGCAGGAAGAUGAGUUUCGUUAUCGAAUGUACCAGACUCAGGUGUCGGAUGCGGGGCUGUACCGCUGCGUGGUGACAGCCUGGUCUCCUGUCCGGGGCAGCCUGUGGCGAGAAGCAGCAACCAGUCUGUCCAACCCUAUUGAGAUCGACUUCCAGACUGCUGGUCCUAUAUUUAAUGCCUCCGUGCAUUCAGACACACCGUCGGUUAUCCGGGGAGAUCUGAUCAAGCUGUUUUGUAUCAUCGCUGUUGAAGGAGGAGCGCUGGAUCCAGACGACAUGGCCUUUGACGUGUCCUGGUUCGCGGUGCACUCCUUCGGUCUGGACAAGGCUCCCGUCCUCCUGUCUUCUCUGGAUCGGAAGGGGAUUGUGACCACGGCCGAGAGAGACCGGAAGAGCGAGCUCAGCCUGGAGCGUGUCGGCGUGCUGGAAUUCUUGCUGCGAGUCCAUGGCUCCGAGGACCAGGACUUUGGCAACUACUACUGCUCCGUGACCCCAUGGGUGAGGUCCCCAACAGGCUCCUGGCAGAAGGAGGCAGAGAUCUACUCCAAGCCCAUCUUUGUGACUGUGAAGAUGGAUGUGCUGAACGCCUUCAAGUACCCGCUGCUGAUCGGCGUGGGCCUGUCCACCGUCAUCGGGCUCCUGUCCUGCCUCAUCGGGUACUGUAGCUCCCACUGGUGCUGUAAGAAGGAGGUCCAGGAGACAAGGCGUGAGCGCCGCCGCCUCAUGUCCAUGGAAAUGGACUAGGCCACGCCGGGGGAGCCGCGACAGGGGCGGUCUAGGAGCGACGGGGCGGGAGGAGGACCGCGAUCUUUUUCACGCGCAGUGUGUGACACUAGAAACCAGUCCUCUCCGAUCUCAGGUGGGACCGGGCGCUCCCUCCCCCCCGCAUGUCAAGUUCUGAGCGCGGACACGUUUACCAGCCCACGACUCUUCUUCCCACGGCACUUUCUGGUAGAACAAUCGUGUGUGUGUGUUCCCGGCUGCGGCUUUUUAAUGGUUACCCUUUGUCUAAUUUUUUUCUCCUACCGGUUUAUAGAUCUCUGACCUGUGUGUGUUCGUAUGUUUGGUUUCGAGGGGUCGCGGUGAGGAAGGACGGUGGCUCUCAGAGUUCUUUGUCUUAGGGGAGGACAGAGCUGCCCGCCGGGAGCCAGCUUCCGUGUCGGGCCCGUGUUAGGAGGGCCGCUAGACGAAGCCGUCCGCCCCGGCCCAGCGACAACACAGACCUGUGCCGCAGGCUCAUUCGUGGCUUUGACCACCCUACCCACCCCGUAUUUUCAGGGGUUUAGACAUUUGAAAUCUAAACUUGCAGUAUGUAACUUCUUACUGAGCCCAAAUGCUUUUUUUUUCUUUUCCUUUUUUUUUUUUUUUGCUUCUCUGCCCCCUUUCCAUUUCUUUCGUAUUUGCUUUAUGUGAGCGUGCUGAAAUGGCCCUGGAAUCUAGAAUUUGGCUCCCCACCAAGCACCUUAUCUUGCCACCUUAGCCUUAAGAAUGAAUAUGAAGAAAAAUACACAGCCACCUCUGUCCGGGGCAGUAAGAAGGUCCUCAAGGAAGACGAGGUUGGGGACAAGGGAAGGAGCAGGCCCUCACUCCGAUGGUUCUGAGGCCGCCAUGCCUCAGGGGGCCCCAGGGAGUACAGAAGAGAGUCCUGGGGGGUCAGCUGUCCUCGGCUCGGGCCAGGAGUGUCGGGGGUGCCGGGGCUGUGUCUGGAGGAGGACGUCACCUCCGUCCCCCUCUCCUGCCCUUCGUGGAAGGCGAAGGCCUCGGCCACCGAGGGGCACCCACACGUGUACCCCACGUCCUUCGUGGCUGCUUGGGCUCCUUAAUGUGAAGGUGUAUUGCUGCUUGCAAGACUGACCGACUUCACAGAAUCAGAAAUUGCCUGGAAGAACCGUGCAUUUUCCAUGACCUUUUCAGCCCUUCAAGUCGUCGUAAGACCCCCCGCCGGGGGUCAGCGAGCAAGGGUACGCUUUGUGGUAUGUUUGCUUUCCUGUUAGGAACACGAAGGAAACCAGCAAUUUACUGCCGUGUGAACAGCCUACAAAGUAGAUCUGAGAGCAAUCCAUUUUGCCCAACUGCUCGUACCCGGAGUAGGACGCGGACCAAAAGAGCUCCUCUGCUCCCCGAGGCAUCUGCCCCUGCAUAGCACUGGCCUUUCGGAAGCAUCCCAGUGGGCUUUCUGAGGCUCACUGGUGAGUCAUGCCCCGCAUUGCAAUCCUCUGCGCUUUCAUCCUGGCUCUGACGGAUCUCACGCUGCUCUGUCUUCCGAAGGGAAAAAAGAUUCGUUUGUUUUGAGCAAUAAAGUCCUACAAAAUGAUGGCCAUUCAUGUGCGGCUCUUUGUCACAAGGGGCCAGACGAGCCACACUCCCCCGCCCACCGGCUCACCAUCGUCCCCGCUGCUUCCCUCCCUGCGCUGCCCACACACAGCCCACUCUGCCCUUGUCACUGAGUCACCCCCAGGAGGCAGAUUGCCACCCCGCUUCCCUUUUUGUCCUGCCCACCUAGGGGACCACUCACGGUAGAUGCCGUGUUAACGGUAGUGGCACAAGUGAGUUCCAAGCCCAGCACCUGCCCCACCCGAGCACGGGUGACCAGAGGAACAGGAGGAGGCCUUGAUGGCACUAGAUUUGGGUCUUUUCUACCAGUUGUUUCUUAACUAUGCUAUCUCAGAGGAGGUGGGUCCCAGGUGAUUGUAUAUACGGGAACGGAAGAGGGAACACACAGUCACAGGUGCUACGUUAGGGACACCAGUGCCCUUUGAGUCCACACAGUUAUCACCAUUAAAAGAAGGUUCAGGAUUGUCGUAGUGCAGGCCCUUCUUGGUAGAGCAAAGGGUACCUUGCUGUGAGUGUGGCCAGGUGGCCCCAGGUAUGCGUAAAACCAUGGAUGGGUCACGCCAGACACACGGCAAGUGACAGGUGUUCACAUGCUGUACCUUCUGCUCUCAAACCGCCACUGCUGGGGGUAUCGCUCCGUGGCAGAGCAUUUGACUGCAAACUGCCACUGCAGCUCGAGGCUGGGGUUGCUAAGGCAUUGACCCCAACCCCACCCUGUGAUCGUGGGGCUGGCCACACUGCCAGUCGCCUAGGGGCUGGUACAGAGGAGGAAGAAAUCCCAGGGUGUUGUACCAGGGACCUCACUCCAUCCAGGGCCAGAAACUGGCCUGGAAUGUGUGUCCUUUUAAAUAUGUGAGAUACACUCUCUUGCUGUACCAAAUACGGCUCCCCCCCCCCCAAAGUGCUCUUCUGGAAGGGGGUUCCUGGCAGAGGCACUGGUGUGAACAGAAGAAGAACCUAGCCACAAUUCACACAGAUGAAAUUGCACUUCUUAACAAAAAGAAACUUUAUAAACAGUUUGGGUUUGUUUUUGUUUUUGUUUUUUUUUAACUAAUCAUAAAAACAGCCCCCAGGAAGAGCCUAAGCUAUGUUCAGAUAGAAGCCUCAAAUUUACUUUCAAUUGUUUACUUCAUGAUGUUUACAUAACACUUUUCACUUUUUAAAAAAGAAAAAAGAAAAAAAAUGCAAACUCUGACUUUUUAACAACGCUUCGGAUUUUUCAUGGGACGAUGGAACUCUGACUCACCAACUGGAUUUAAAUGUUAAUUUAGAAAUGUAUUUAUUUGUGUGUUUCCCUCCCCCCCCCCCCCCCCCCCCCAACGCGGCUUUUCCUUAAGAUCCCGGCAAAGGACAUCCCUUCUGCCCAGACCCUUGUCUCUUUCCCCCGGUGGCUCUCGCUUCUUGCUUUACAGACUGCCUGCAGCCAUGAUUUUGUCACUGACAUCCGUGAGCCAAAGACUGAGCCUUUUGGGCAGGAAUAAUAAGCAAUACUACACAACUUGCUACUUUCAGAAAACUUGUGUUUUUUUUUAGCUUCACCGAUGGCAGCAGAGGGAGAAGGGAUCUGGGAUUUCGGUAAGUCCUCCUCUGCUGUUUGACCAAAUUCUCCGUGAUAAAUAUUGCGCGCAGAUCGCUAGGAGGAGAAAAAAAAAAAGUUGACUCUCUGUCUUUCUUAGCGUCGCACAGAAGGAUCUGCCAGAUUUUACGUAGACAAAUAAAGGGUCUCGUGUAUUUUUGUCCAUACCCGAUGUUACAUGAACUAAUUGUAUUGUUUUAUACUGUGACCACAGAUAUUAUGCAAUGCACCGUUUGUUUUUUAUUUCAUUAAAGGAAGUUUAAUUUAAAUUGAA